AUGCAUGCAUGGUUAAUAAGAAAACCAGCAAAAACACCAAUGGGUGAAAAGAAAACCCAAAAAGAAGGAUCUUCUGUCCAAAAUGUUGACAAUAGAAGAAAAAUUGAUGAAAAUCCUUCAAGUUUUCAAUUAUCAAAACGACGAAAAUUAGUAAGAAAAUAUGAUUCUGACUAUUUAAAAUUUGGAUUUACAUGGAAUGGUGACAAAGGAGAUCCACGUCCGCAAUGUGUAAUUUGUGGUGAAAUUCUCGCAAAUGAGAGUAUGCGACCAAACCAAUUACUUCGCCAUAUUGAGACAAAGCAUGCACAUUUUAAAAACAAGCCACUUAAUUUUUUUAACAGCAAGCAAAAAAAAUGUAAUACGUCUAAAAAUAUGCUUUCUCAUUUCACCAGUAUUAAUGAAAAAGCUAUGCAUGCCUCAUACCUCAUUAGUUUGCGAAUUGCAAAAUCAGGUAAGCCUCACAACAUUGGCGAGUCAUUGGUACUACCAGCGAUAAAAGAUGCUGUUGGAGUUAUGUUUGGUGAGAAGAGUUUAAAAGAAGUUGAAUUAAUUCCAGUUUCCAAUAACACAUUAGAUGAGUCAACAGAUAUACAAGGUUUGUCCCAAUUUAUUGUUUUUAUCCGUUUUAUAUGGAACAAUGAGCCUCAUGAAGAUAUAUUAUUUUGUGAACCAAUAAUUCGAGGAACUAGUGAGGCGAUUUUCGAAACUCUCGACACUUAUAUAAAAUCAAAGGAAAUGCACUGGAUGAAUUGUGUUGGUAUAUGUACCGAUGGUGCACGGGCAAUGUGUGGUAAAAAAAGUGGUGUAGUGACACGCAUUCUUAAACUAAGUCCGAAUGCAUCAUGGACGCACUGUAGUCUUCAUAGAGAAGCUUUAGUAUGUAAAAAUAUGGGAGAAGAUUUAAAAAAUGUUUUAAACACUGCUGUAAAAAUAGUAAAUUUCAUCAAGAGUAAACCAUUACAGUCACGGCUAUUUGAAAAACUGUGUGAAGAGAUGGGAAGUUUACACAAAUCUCUUCUUUUGCACACUGAAGUACGUUGGCUGUCAAGGGGCAAAGUACUAACAAGACUUGUUGAACUCCGAGAAGAAGUCGCAAUGUUUCUGGAUGGACAAAACGAUUACGCAAAAUCUCUGUAUGAUGAGAAGUUUGUUCUGAAGCUCACUUAUUUGGCAGAUAUAUUUUCUAAAUUAAAUGAACUAAAUUUAUACUUACAAGGAAUGGAUGGAUCUGAUAUAUUUGCAGUACAUGAUAAAAUUCGAGGUUUUACCAAAAAAAUUUCUUUAUGGGAAAGAAAUAUUAAACACCAAAACUAUGAUUGUUUUGAAACAUUCGCAACUUUUAUAAUUGAAAAUCAAGUGACACCAGCAGACGACUUAAUCUUGGUGAUACUUGCACAUCUAGACUCGUUGAAAAAAAGUUUUGAUAAUUAUUUCAGUGAAGAAAUAAGGAAUUGUGAGAAAAACAUCUGGAUUGUGAAUCCAUUUCGGAGUGAUGAUGUGGCUACUGGUAUAUCUACGGUGGCAGACGAAGAACUAAUUGAUUUAUCCGAAGACACUUUCCUGAAAAUGAACUUUGAUCGUAAAAAAUUGAUACCGUUUUGGCUGUCAGUUCAAAACACAUAUCCGACUCUUUCUACCACAGCUUUAAGAGUGCUGCUUCCUUUUACUACUUCGUACAUGUGUGAAAUUGGAUUUUCGGCAAUGGUAGCAAUCAAAAACAAGUUUAGAAAUCAACUUCAAUUAUCAAACACCUUGCGUCUAAAAAUAACAAAUGUCAAUGUAGAUGUCAGAGACGUCAUCAGUAAAAAUAGAAAACAAGCCCAUUCUUCACAUACACCUAAUUAUGUAUCUGCUUAA